GCAACUCUCUUUCUUUCCAACUUAAAAAUGGCAGCUCGCUUACCCAAUUUAAUACCUCCCUUCCGAUUUACAAUUGUAGAAGAAAACCUCUUUCGAGGGGGAUAUCCUAAACCACGCAACAUUCGUUUUUUAAAGAGAUUAAGACUAAAGACCAUACUUUCCUUGAUUCCAGAUAAAAUUAUGCCAGAAAUGCAACACUUUUGUGACGAGAAUAAUAUCCAGCUACUUCAUUUAAAUGUAGACAAGAUGAAGGAAGACAAUAUCCCAUUAACGUACAACAAGACCAUUAUGGCACUGGAACUCAUGAUAGAUCCUGCUAAUCAUCCAUUGUACAUUCACUGUUUGGAUGGUGCCGAUGUCACUGGGUUAGUGAUCGCCUGUUUGCGUAAGUUACAAAUGUGGAGCAAUUCAAGUGCUAUGAGUGAGUUUGCACGUAGCUUAAACUCGAGCGUUGUCACUAGUGAGGAAUUCGAAUUCAUUGAGAACUUCAAGAACUUUGAUGUUACGAUCCCCAUGACACUACCCUCCUGGUUAUGGACGGGCCAAGUGAGUUUUAGAAAGCACGCGACACUCAGGCUGAAAUUUUUAAAUCCGGAAAUGAUGACAGAGGAAGAACGAGAGUUAAAGGAUCUAAAAGAGAAGAAAGAAAAGGAGAAGGAAGAUUAUUAUAAAAAGAGAAAGAAUGAUCUUUUGGAUAAUCUAUUUGAUCCCAAUACACCUAGACAUCGUGCAAGUCCAACCACGGCAAAUACCAACAAUAACAACACACCUCUGCCCUCCACGCCUGGAACGGAUGAUGAGUUUACAACGAAUGCGUCAUCGACACAUGUAACCGAGAAACACAAGGUAGAUUCGGAUGCCAAAGAUCCUUAUCUAGUGGAUGUGGAUGUGGAUGUGGAUGGGGUGAUGAUGGAUGGUCUUGAUCAAGUAGAAUAUAUGAAUCGUAAUGCAGGCAAUUCAUCGAACAGUAGGUUUUACGCUGGUGAUGAUGAUGAUAUAAUGGAAGAUGGGGAUGAAUAUGAAGGUACAAGGUUUACUACAGAACCCAUCAGUCGAACAUUAGAAGCUUUAGCCUUAGAAGGUCUGACUGAAUUUUAA